AUGGCUUCAACAGAUUCAAUAGAUAAUAAUAUAAUAGAACGAUUAGAAGCACGUUCUUAUGAUAUUUUUCAAGAACCAUUGAUAUAUCUUUUACCUAUUUGUAUUGUUGAUCAAAAUCCUAGUAUUACAUUAGAAAAAGCACUAGAACCAUUAAUUUCUACUUUGCCAAAUCUUCAAAAACAUAUUUCUACUACAAAACAAAGAUGUAAAAAUCCAGCUGAUGGAUUAACACAAGAUGAAUCUGCUUCGAUCAUGCUUUAUUCUAUGAACUCACAACCUAUGGAACAAUGUUUAUAUUAUGUGCUGAAUUCAGCACUUCGCUCUGGUGAUAGGCGUAAAUUAAAACCUUGGCUUCUAUAUUUAUCACUACUUGCUAAAGCACUUUCUCGUUUACCGUCAAUAGCUGCUGUUGUUCAUCGACAAGUUCAAAUAGGUUUAACUGAAAAAUAUCCAAUUGAAAAGACAUUUGUUUGGUGGGCUUUUUCUUUGUGUAUCUUAUCUCUUGAUAUCUAUCAAUCAAAUGAACAUCUGACAAAAACUCAAACAUGUACUAUAUUCACUAUUGAAUGUAGAUUUGGAAAAGAUAUUCGAAAGCAUUCAUAUUUUCCUAAUGAAGACCAAAUACUUCUAAUGGCUGGAUCUGAAUUUAAAGUUAUUUCAUCUAUGAAAAACGAGACGAAUCAAAAUAUAAUUUAUUUAAAAGAAAUUCAAUCUAAUAAUCCUCUUUUGCAAUUUUCGAAUAUUUCAAAUCAAGAAGAAAUUCUAUCGGCAAGUUCUCUUUUAAAUAUAUCAGAUAUGAAUGUUCAAUCGAGAUCAGAAACUCAACUAAUUCCGAAAUAUAUUGAUCAUCAAUUGAAACUGCAAAAGAAAAUUCAGAAAUACUCAAAAAAUUCACCGAUUGAUUUAGUAAAUGAAAAUCUUAAUGAUCAAGAUAUUCCACUUGUUAUUCAACAUGCUAUUUUUAACAAACAAUGUACUGUUCUUCGAUUAGAUGAAAAUUGUAUAACUUCAGAAGGUGCAACUACGUUAGCUGAAUCAUUGCAUAAUAAUCGAACUUUAGUUGGAUUAAAUCUUUGUGCAAAUCGCCUUUUUGAUAACGGCAUUCGUCCAUUCGUUCAACUUUUAUCAGAUAAUUAUCCAGUUCUUCAAAAAUUACAUCUUGGUUCAAAUGAAAUAUCCAAUGAAGGUGUUCUUUUAUUAUCUGAAAUGCUCAAAACGAAUACAAAGCUAACUGUGCUUUGGUUAGAUAGCAAUCGAAUAAGUGACGAAGGAAUUUAUUUCUUGGCUAAUACACUUAUUCAUUGUAAUAGAACUCUUCAAGAAUUAUCUCUUAGCAACAAUAAAUUGAUAACUAGUUUAAGUGUUCCUUGCUUUAUUGAAAUAUGUCAAAAGAAUCAAUCAUUAACAUGGCUUGAUAUAUCUGAUUGUUCUUUGACAAAACAAGACAAUCAACGUCUUAAAUUUAUAUCAAAUGGAAAUCAACAUUCUGUUCUUCAACUGGAUACAGAAGAAAGCGAUUGUUUUGUUUCUUAA